AGUCAUAAACACAAACGAUCAUUAUCAACAACAAGAAAGAAACAAAAAAUUACACAAAAAUUUAUAACUAAACUUGCACUAUUAGCAGUAUUUAGCAGCAGUUGUUAGACACUAAUACGUAAACGUCAUUAUUAUUACUGCUGCUGCUGCUUAUAUUAAUGAUAGUUUACUAUAGUCAACAGAAAAAAGUUUUAAUUAUUGCACAAAGUUACAUGCAGUAGUUUAACAAUAAGAAUAGUUUAAAGUUCAGUUUUGUUUGAUAAACUUCCCGUCUUAAGAGUGUUUGUAUCGAUCGGAUGUGUGUAUGUAACUGACAGUGCGUCUGUUGUCAAUUGUUUUAGUUUUUUUUUUUUUUUAACAUUUUCAACAACAUCAUCAACGUUAUUCUCAAUCUUAACAAAGAUUGUUGUAACGACGACGACGCCGACGACAACGUACACAACACACAAAACGCCAACGUUGUCAACGUUAACGAUCGUUUAACUAACGUGCGAUUUAGUAGCUUAGCUAGCCCGCUUAACUAGCUAAUGUUUAGUCGUACGCCUAACGUUGACAUUCAUUGUUGUGUUGUGAAAUUGAACACGCUUGAAAAAAAAAAAAAGAUCUUAAAAAAUUUUCUAUAUAAAAACAAAUCGCUGGCUGGUUCCGUUUCGUACUUACAUUUAUCUAAAAAAAGCCAAAAGUUGAAGCUGUGUUUAAAAACAACAACAAAGACUAAUAAAAAUGUUAGAAAAAUUAUAACGUUUAAAAUUUAAAAAAAAUAUUAGCAAAAGAAUUCCUGUCUCAACUAAAAGCGUCAAAAGUUUUGAAAAAAAAGACACAAAAGUACAAAUUUCCUAUAGAAAGAAAAAACGUUUUUUGAAACUAGGAUUUAUUUUAACAACAACACAAGAAAAGAACACAAACAACAGUUAUAAAUUUGAAAAUAUUCCUUGAAAUCAAAUCAACAAAACAACUCCCUCCCUUCCAAGUCGCCGGAAAAAAUAAAUUCAACUAUAGUUUAGUUUUUUUAUUAUUAUUGGGAUUUAUUUACUUUUUUUUUGUUAAAUCCUGCUCUUCUCUAAUCUAAUCAAUCGCAACUGAUACCAUAUAAAAUAUAAGAUAAAAACAUAACAAUGGCCUUAAUUAUGAAAUACAUAGACAGCAUUAACAGAUAUAUGGACUCACAUGGCGAUCCCCGGACGAAGGAUUGGCCAAUGAUGUCAUCACCAUUUCCCACAUUAGCUGUAUGCCUCACAUAUGUUUACAUAGUCAAGGUUCUCGGACCACGAUUAAUGGAGAAUCGCAAACCAUUCCGUUUACAAAACACAUUAAUUUUAUACAAUGCAGUACAAGUGAUAUUUAGCGCCUGGAUAUUCUAUGAGUGUUUAAUGGGAGGCUGGUGGGGUCAUUACAGCUUUACAUGCCAGCCCGUGGAAUAUAAUGAUCAUCCUCGUACCAAACGAAUGGUUCAUGCCUGCUGGUGGUAUUAUUUCUCGAAAUUCACAGAGUUCAUGGAUACGAUAUUCUUUGUUUUGCGUAAAAAAGAAAGUCAAAUCACCACACUUCAUGUUAUUCACCACGGCUGUAUGCCCAUGUCCGUAUGGUUCGGUGUAAAAUUCACCCCUGGCGGUCACAGUACCUUCUUCGGUUUGCUCAAUACUUUUGUACAUAUUAUUAUGUAUACCUACUAUAUGUUCUCGGCUAUGGGUCCUCAAUAUCAGAAAUAUUUGUGGUGGAAAAAGUAUUUGACCACUUUGCAAAUGGUCCAAUUCAUUGCUAUCAUGGUACAUGCCUUCCAAUUACUCUUCAUCGAUUGCAAUUAUCCUAAAGCCUUUGUCUGGUGGAUCGGUAUGCAUGCUGUUAUGUUCUUCUUCUUGUUCAAUGAAUUCUACAAACAAGCCUACAAGGGCCGCAAAUCGCGUCCUGAAAAGGAUUACAAACUCAUAACCAAUGGCCAUGCCAAUGGUGAUUUGUCAGCUGAUGUCAGCAGCAGCAGCAGCAAACACAUGAACGGCCAUGCUGUUAAUGGUAAGAUCAAUGGCCUCACAAAUGGCUCAACAGCAAAUGGUGGUAUCUCCACAAGUGCGAAUGGUUUAAUGAAUGGCAGUGCGUAUAAAAAUGGCGCCGUGCUGGCUAAUGGCGUCGCUAACGGUCACAGCGAUUUAACGCAAAGAAAAGUUAAAUAAUAUAAAACCAAAACAACGAAACAACGUAAAAUACACAAAAAGAAAAAAUUGGACAUUUAAAAAUAAAUUUGGAACAUUAGUUUGUUUUCUCUCAACGAUUGAUUGUUUAACUAAAAACUUCAAAACUUUUAUUAUUUGUUUAGAGGAAAACAAUUUCAAUUGCAAUAAUUAAAUUU